AGGUUUCAUCAUGACGAAGUAUUCAGCUAUGCUUGCUCCGCUUGAUCUGGGCUUCACCACAUUGAGGAACCGAGUAUUGAUGGGGAGUAUGCACACUGGUCUCGAAGAGGGGAAUUUCUUGUCAGGAAGCAUGACAAAGCUGGCCAAAUACUUCGAGGAACGCGCGAAAGGGAAGGUUGGCUUGAUAGUCACUGGCGGCAUAGCGCCAAACAAUGCAGGAAGAGUCGCACCUUUUGCUGCUAAGAUGACGAAAUCCUCUGAUGCCAAGGCUCACCUGGAAGUGACAAGGGCUGUGCAUGAUGCUGGCACCGGAACGAAGAUAUGCAUGCAGAUAUUGCAUGCUGGUAGGUAUGCCUAUCACCCUCUUGCAGUCUCCUCGAGUGCUAUCCAAGCUCCCAUCGGUCCUUUCAAGCCCAAGGAGUUGAGUAAUGCUGAUAUCCUUCAAACCAUUGAAGAUUAUGCACAAUGCGCUUCGUUGGCGAGGGAAGCUGGAUAUGACGGAGUUGAAGUUAUGGGUUCAGAGGGAUACCUUAUCAACCAAUUUAUUGCAGAGCAUGUGAAUCAUCGCAAGGAUGAAUGGGGUGGCAGCUACGAAAAUCGAAUUCGGUUUCCAUUGGAGAUUGUCAAAAGGAUUCGACAGAAAGUUGGAGAAGAUUUCAUUAUCAUAUUCCGACUCAGUAUGCUUGACCUGGUAGAGAAGGGAUCUGACUGGCAGGAGGUUGUUCACUUGGCCAAGGAGCUUGAGAAAGCAGGUGUGACUCUUAUCAAUACUGGAAUUGGAUGGCAUGAAGCGCGGAUCCCUACCAUCGCCACUUGUGUUCCACGAGCAGGAUUUAGUUGGGUCACGAAGAAGCUCAAGCCUCAUGUCAAAGUUCCCUUGAUCACCACGAACCGCAUCAACACCCCAGAAGUAGCCGAGCAGGUCUUGCAGGCUUCGCAUGCUGAUAUGAUAAGUAUGGCUCGUCCGUUCUUGGCAGACCCUUACUUUGUCCUAAAAUCGGAAGAGGGCAGGAGUCAUGAAAUCAACACAUGCAUCGCAUGCAAUCAGGCAUGCCUUGAUCACACCUUCAAAGGAAUUACUGCAUCCUGUUUGGUCAACCCGUUUGCUUGCCACGAGACUGAGAUAGCAAUCACUCCAACUCAGCAAAAGAUGAAUGUCGCUGUUGUGGGAGCCGGUCCUGCUGGGUUGGCUGCAGCCACAACAGCUGCCGCUCGAGGUCAUCGUGUCACACUGUAUGAGCAAUCCAACCAGAUCGGCGGGCAAUUCAACAUGGCAAAGCUGAUUCCUGGAAAGGAAGAAUUUCACGAGACCAUUCGUUACUUCACCCGAAAGAUUGAGUCUACUGGAGUCCAUUUGAAGCUAGGAUGCAAAGUCACUGCAAGCGAGGUGAUCGACCAGAAGUUCGAUGCAGUCGUUCUGGCCACUGGAGUUGUUCCAAGAGUUCCGGAAUUUGAAGGAAUCGAUCAUCCCAAAGUGAUCUCAUACAUUGAUGUGCUACGAAGGAAUGCAAAAGUCGGAAAGAAAGUUGCGAUCAUCGGUGCAGGAGGGAUCGGUUUUGAUGUUGCAGAAUACAUCACUCGCAAUGUCUCAGAGUCGCUGAGUGUGGAGGGCUUUGCGCGAGAAUGGGGAAUCGAUCUCACCAACGAGGCCCGAGGAGGCGUCGAGGGCGUCGAGAAGAAGAUGCCAGGGCUGGGGGAGUGCGAGGCAGUUUAUCUGCUACAGAGAAAGACCAGCAAGCAUGGAGAUGGAUUGGGGAAGACGACUGGAUGGAUUCAUCGGAAAGUGCUGAAAGACAAAGGCGUGCAGUUCAUUGGAGGAGUUGCCUACGACAAGGUGGAUGACACAGGUUUGCACAUCACCAUGAAAAUGAAGGACGGAAAAAGCGAGAAGAAGAUCUUAGACGUCGAUACUGUCAUUGUCUGUGCCGGUCAAGUCUCUCUGCGCAACCUGGAGGACGAACUGACCGCUGCUGGCAUUCCAACUCACCUGGUGGGAGGCGCUGAUGUCGCUGCCGAGUUGGAUGCCAAGCGAGCGAUUGACCAGGCAACAAGGUUGGCGCUGGUGCUGGAGACAGCGAAGGGAAAGGUGAACUAUGCUCCUGCUUCCUCCCUCAUGCAGAAGGUGCAAGGCUUCAUGAUGAGCCGUUAGACGCCGGGAUGAUUGACAUGCGGCAUCAGUGAUGUCGAAAGGCUCCCACUGUCACACAAAGAUAGGGCCUAGCCUAAUAACACGUGACUUCAAAAUAGUUGAAACCAAGACAUAUUGAUCGGACGGAUCGCAUGCCAGCCGUGCCAGUCAGAUAGCGCCGAGUUAACAAAACUCUCCUGUAAACCAAGACGACCCUG